CAGCUCCAACGGCGAGGGUCCGGAGGGGAGGCCGGGGGUCGGGCCGGAUCUUGGGGCGGACCAAGGGGUUGGCGGCGCGCCCCUCCCCACGUCUGCUGCCGAGGUCCCUGAAGAACGUGGUGCCGCUCCACCUGCUCAGCACCACCACCAGACCCAGACGCAGGCCGCCGGCCAGGCCAGACCCCCACCAAGAUGGCCGCCCCCACCCCUCCGGUGAGCCCAGACCCCCCCUCCUUCCGGGGUCACCUCGGGAGGCCUGCUUCCUUGGCCGCCUCGUGGAGUAGAGCGCACACUCGACUGACGGGCGCUGUGUUGUGUCUCCCGUGUGCCCUUGCAGCCACAACCUGGUGCAGACGUGCUGGCAGGACAACCCCAUGGUGCCCCCCUCCCUCCCUCCCCGAGGAUCUCCACCCCACUUCCUGUGAGGCCUCCUUCCUGGACAGCGAGGAGGAGAACAAGCCGCCGGAGAUGGAGGAGGACGAGCUGGACUCUGGGAACACGGAGAGCCUCCUCCCGCUGCACCCGGCCUCCGACAUGCAGCGGGACGAGACCCUGGGCCUGGAAGAGACGGAACUCUGGGGAGACCCUCGCGUGUGCCCUGGCACGUGGACGGACAGAAGGACAACGGGCGCCUCUCCCUUCGGGCCGAGGGUCUGGCUUUGGCCUCCAUUGUCGCCGUCCUUCCCGUCAGAACCGGCUUCUUGGCCUCAGACUUCGGUGGAGGUGGAUGCGUGUCCGUGGGGAAGGGGAGAGCGCCGCCUCUCAACUCGCCUCCCUCGGUGGGCCUGGAAGAGAGGGAACUCUGGGGAGCACACCCCUGGCGCCCUGGCACGUGGACGGACAGACAGACGGGGCAGGAAGCACAACGGGCGCCCCCUCCUCUCCGUGCCCCGCUCCGGCCCUCCCUCUCCCCCCGUCCGUCCACAGGGACCUGGCAGAGGAAGACGUCACCGUCCCCAUCGGAGGCCCUUGGGAAGAGCCCCAUAUUCCGUUUUCCUCGCUCAGACUCCGGCAUGAGGGACGUCUGUGGGACGGACUCCGAGCGCAAGGGAGGGAAAGGCCUGUUGCCGGUCCGGUGGGAGAGAGAGAGAGAGAGACAGAGAGAGGGAGAGAGAGAGAGGGCUCUUCACGGCCUCCUCGGACCUCUGCCACAACCUCGUGCAGACGUGCUGGCAGGACAACUCCACGGUGCGCCCCUCCCUCCCUCCCUCCCUCCCUCCCCGAGGACCUCCACCCCACUUCCCGUGAGGCCUCCUUCCUGGACAGCGAGGAGGAGAACAAGCCGCCGGAGACGGAGGAGGACGAGCUGGACGCUGAGAACACGGAGAGCCUCCUCCCGCUGGACCCGGCCUCCGACACGCAGCGGGACGAGACCCUGGGCCUGGGAGAGACGGAACUCUGGGGAGACCCUCCCGGGCGCCCUGGCACAUGGACGGACGGGGCAAGAAGGACAACGGGCGCCUCUCCCUUCAGGCAGAGGAAGGGUCUGGCUUCGGCCCCGCCUUGGUCCUCGUCCUUCCCGUCAGAACCGGAGGCCGUGGCGUCAUGACCUCGGUGGAGGUGGCUUCUUGGCAUCAGACCUCGGUGGAGGUGGAUGUGUGUACGUGUGGAAGGGGAGAGCGCCUUCCUUCCCUUCCCGAGCGGGCCCUCACGCUGUAUCCGGCACAUACUCUUCCCUCUCUCUCUCUCUCUCUCUCUCUCGUCUUUGUCUCCCUCUGAUCUGAGUCAUCGUCUUUUCCUCCAUGAGCUCAACCGUGUGAGGUUUCUUGUUUUCUCGAUGGAAAAACUCAGUCCGAAAAGGUCCCGAUGGGGAACGAGAGAAGGAACAUGGCCUUUCCAACGGUUCCUCGGUCUCCCCUUCAUGGGAUUUCAGUCAGAGAAGGGACAGGAAGGCCAGGCCGGGCGAGGAGGGCGUGUGGGUUUCGGGAGGAACCGGGACGGAACCCGGCAGAAGCGGUGCCCCGAGGCCUCUCUCGGAAGGUCCUUUGGCAAAGCAGGCGGAGCCCCUUCCGUCCCCUCCGGGCCUGGCAAAGGGGGUCUGGGGGAGAACUGGGGGGGGUCCUUGGCAGCGCCCCCCGUGUUUUGGGGCCCGAACCCUCCUUCUCGCCGUGCUUUGAGCUUUCGGGCAAGGGGAGGGUCUCUGCCUUCGUGUUCGGAUCCGGAGAUGCAUGGCGUGCCCCGCCCCCCUCUUUCCCUCCAGGAAAACCCACUUCCGGUCAGAAGAUCUGGGUCUGAGUCCGGUUUCCGCCACCGCUUUCCUUGGGGUUCCGGGACUUUGGCCUUGGCGGGGUUUCCGUCUCCGGCUCUUUCCCGGCCUUGGCUCCGGUGGUUGGUUCCAUCCCGACCGCCGAAGCCCCGAAUCUCCCCUCGAUUCCUGAGACCCUCCUUUCCCGCCUGUGAUGCUCCUCCGACGGCUGAUUCUCUGAGGACGGAAGGCUUGGCAAGGCUUGGUUGGGGAGGAAGCCCGGCCGGAGGGAGAGAGGGGCCCGUUCUUCGGGACCGCCCAACGUUUUCCAAAUUCCUGUUAACUGGGAAUAAAAGGAGAGUGACUGGAGUGGAGGGUCGAUGGAGACGCUUCCUUCCUUGGACAAGAGAAGGACGGAGGGGGCGGCGGAGGGGGAGGGACAGGCACCGCUGGAGGGAUUUCCGUUCAUUGCGUUUUCUUGUCGUUGCUUCGAUAUCACGAGCCAAGCCGUGACGUGUUCAGAGAGUCUCUACUGCUCUUUAUACAGACAUAUCUAUGUAUAUAUAUAUAUAUAUAUAUAUAUAUAUAAUUUAAAAAUUGCUGUGUGUAAAUAUUGAACUAUUAACUGUUUAUAUUAGGGAAGAAAAUUCUGAAU